GCUGGUUUAGAUGGACCGCCCAUAGCGAUCGUUUUUGCAAAAGUAGAAAUGCGUCCCCCACCUCAUGAAGCAAUUUUCCCGAGUUUUAUUCCUCCUGAUACAGUUCCGCACCGUAAAUUCGUGCCCCUGCGGCUAUGCCAGCACCAUCCAUUAAACUUGGGUUAGAGAGAGAGAGAAACAAACUGCUUUCUCGAACCAGGAAGGGAAGGAAAAACGUUGAGUUUGAGAGAGAAAGAUAAUGGUUUCCCAACAGAAGCGAGCUCUUGGUUGGAUAGAAUGGCUAAAAGGCUGGCUCAGUCUCUUCUACGAAAUUCUUUUUCAGAGGAUUUGGGCUUGCCAUUUGCAAAACCCAUUGCAUUUACCCCAUCUCCAUCAUCUCACCUGCAUUGUCACUGGUUCAACAAGUGGCAUAGGCCUGGAAAUCGCCAGGCAAUUAGCAGAGUCAGGGGCGCAUUUGAUCAUGGCUUGUAGAAACACAAAAGCUGGUGAGGAACUGAUCCAGAAGUGGCAAGAAGAAUGGACUGGGAUGGGGGUUCCUCUAAAUAUUGAGGUCAUGGAGCUUGAUCUUCAGUCCCUUGAUUCUGUUGUAAGAUUUGCACGCGCAUGGAAUGCACGAUUACUACCAUUGAAUGUUUUGAUCAACAAUGCUGGGAUAUUUUCAAUUGGAGCACCCCAGCGAUUUUCAAAGGAUGGAUAUGAAGAACAUAUGCAAGUGAACCAUCUUGGCCCAGCACUUCUUACUAUUUUGCUCCUUCCGUCUUUGAUCAGAGGGACUCCGAGCCGGAUAGUUAAUGUCAACUCUGUUAUGCAUCAUUUAGGGUUUGUUGACCCAGAUGAUCUCAAUUUGGUUUCUGGUAGGAGAAGGUAUGGCAGUAUGAUUGGAUACACAGGGAGCAAGCUUGCACAGAUCAUGUUCAGCAGCAUUCUCCAGAAAAAGCUACCUUCAGAAGCGGGAAUUAGCAUCAUUUGUGUCUCUCCUGGCAUCGUCCACACGAACAUUGCGAGGACACAGCCUCGGAUAAUUCAAGCUGGUUACCAGCUGAUUCCAUAUUUCCUGUUCAAUGCUCAAGAAGGUGCAAGAAGUGCCAUCUUUGCAGCUACGGAUCCUCAAGUGUCUGAGUAUUGUGGGGUUCUGAAGGCUGACGAUUGGCCAACUUGUGCAUAUCUUUCUUGCGAUUGCCGGCCCACAAAUCCCUCGGAAGAAGCGCACAAUGUGGAGACAUCUCAGAGAGUGUGGGAGAAGACAUUGGAGCUUGUUGGGCUCCCUUCUGAUGUGGUCGAGAAGCUCCUUGAAGGUGAAGACUUUCAGUGCAAAUAUGGCGUUGAUUGAGAUUAGCUCUCAAUUUCUCUAAUGUGACAAUUUUUGUUUUCUACAAAUGAGGAUAGCUCUCAAUAUCACUAAUGUAUUUUUGUUUUUCUACAAAUGAGGAUUUUAGUUGGAGUUAAGUUUAAUCAAAUUGUUUUAUUUUUA